CAACACCUUAUCUUUCAUUUGCUGCCGUUGUUACAGUUACCUUCACCACCCAAAGAGGUCGGGAAUGCUGCACUUCAACAGGACAGAGCUGCCGUCUCUCCUGCUCGCUUUCCUACAGCACUGCCUGAAUGGAACAGGGGUGACUGUCCCCGUGUUCUCUCACAAUAGUACUACUCAGCAGACCAUUCUCCCAAUAAGUAUAACUAUGGCUCCAGACCAGGCUCAGGGGAUGGUGUACAUUUUGCUGAUUGUGGGAAUGUUCAGUUUCUUUAUAUUUGGCAUCAUGCUCAGCUAUAUCCGCUCUAAGAAGCUGGAGAGUUCCCAUGAUCCCUAUCACCAGUACAUUGCCCACGACUGGACCAAGGCUAUUACCUCCUCAAAAGCUGUCACUCAGGUACAGCAUGGGGGAGUCCUAAACCAUGGAGACAAAGGCAAAGACCUCAUUGUCAUCUGUAACCCUUCAGCAUUAGAGCAGCUCCCAGGAUGAAAAUGGGAAUGGACAGCAAACCAAAAGUGUAUCGAUCCAACAGAAGAAAAAAUAAAUCUGCAUUUAUAACUUUAAGAGUUCACACUGUUAGCAUUCUAUUAUAAGAUAAAUACCAUUAGUUUUAAUAGGUUAUGAAUAUUACAGUUCACAAUUGAAGUUUGAUUAUCUUAUAUGAGUGAAUAGUCA